AUGCCACUUCAUCCUACUGUUCUUUGGGCUCAACGUCAAGAUCUGAUCUACCUCACGGUCCAGCUUAUGGACAUUACUAAACCCGAGAUCAAUGUCAAGCCCGAGUCUUUCCACUUUAAGGGCCAAGGUGAGAAGGAACAGCAAGAGUAUGGUGCCGACAUUGAAUUUUAUGCACCUGUGGAUGUCGAGCGCUCCAAGCAACAUUUGACGCCUCGCAACCUUACUAUGAUCAUUUACAAGCAAAAGGAGGAAUACUGGCCACGCCUUCAAAAGGGCAGCAAGCUUAACUUUGUCAAGGUCGAUUUUGCCCGAUGGAAGGAUGAGGAUGAUUCUGAGGAUGAAGUUCAAGAUCCUAUGGGCGGCAUGGACUUUUCGAGUUUGAUGUCCCAGGCUGGCAACAUGGGUCUUCCCAACAUGGAUGAUUUGCCUGCUGGUGAUGAUAGUAGCAGUGAUGAGGAAGAAGAAGAGGACAAGAACAAGGAGUCUCAAGAUGGUGGCAAGCAAGCUUAA